AUGAUCUUUGCCAUAGAGGAAAUAAACCAAAACAGUGCAUUGCUUCCCAACGUUGCUCUGGGUUACAGAAUUUAUGAUGAUUGCUCUUCCUCCACUAUUGCAACAAAAGCCGCCUUGUCCCUCAUCAAUGACAUCGAGGAGACCGUUUCUGGUGAAAACUGCAGGGAACGUUCUAGGAUAUCAGCACUUAUUGGUGGCGGAUCAUCUUUGGAAUCCAUAGCAGUAACAAGAUUCAUUAGCCCUUUCAACAUUCCAUUGGUCAGUUAUUUUUCCACUUGUGCAUGUCUCAGCAACAGGAAAGAAUUCCCAACAUUCUACAGAACCAUCCCCAGCGACUCUUAUCAAUCUAAGGUUUUAGCUUUUCUUGUCAGAAAGUUCGGAUGGAAUUGGAUUGGAACAAUUAGAGUCAACAACGAUUACGGAAACUUCGGAAUGCAGACGUUCAUAGACACUGUUCAUCAGCUUGGAGUUUGCAUCGCCUUUUCCGAGUCCUUUUACAGGACCGAUCCCAUAGAGAGGAUAACGGACAUUGUGCAAACCGUUAAACGUUCAAGUACGAAAGUGGUCGUGGCAUUUUGCGCAACACGAGAAAUGCGCAUUUUGUUCAAAGAACUUUUACGUCAAAACGUCACUGAUAUUCAGUGGAUUGGAAGCGAAGCCUGGGUUACAUCAGAUACCCUCACUUCACAAGAAAACACCCAAUUACUCGUGGGAACGGUCGGCACAGCAAUCAGGCGGUCAGGAAUACCGGGGCUGCGAGAUUUUCUGCUCAGUGUUCACCCUUCACGAUUCCCCGAUAACACUUUAGUGAAGGAGUUUUGGGAAACAGCGUUCAAAUGUACUUUAAGAUCAGAAAGCGCGUCAAGUCAGAGAGUCACAUCGGGAUCACGACAAUGUACAGGGAAAGAGCACUUAGAAGAUUUACAAACCGCUUAUUCUUACUUAAAGAUAGACGGACCCACCUGCAACGUGUACAAAGCAGUCUAUGCCUUUGCCCACGCGUUCCACCACAUGUUUUCUUGUGAAAGGGGAAAAGGUCCAUUUAUGAAUAACACUUGUGCAAAUCUUUCCCAUUUUGAACCCUGGCAGCUCCUACAUUAUAUGCAAUCAGUAAACUUCACGACACUGAGUGGUGACAACGUCUAUUUCGAUGUGAAUGGAGACCCAGUUGGCACAUAUGAUUUAAUCAAUUGGCAGAUUAAUUCGGAAGGCAAAGCAGAAAUGAAGAUCAUUGGCUAUUAUGAUGGAUCUGCGGCUCCCGGACAAGAGGUUGUGCUGAAUGAGAAGGACAUAAUAUGGAGUGGUGGGCAAACCGAGGUUCCUCGGGCCAUCUGCACGGAGAGCUGUCCGCGUGGAUCAAGAAAAGUCAUCCAGAAGGGACAACCGAUCUGUUGCUUUGACUGUACACAGUGCUCUGACGGUGAAAUCAGUAACGUGACAGAUUCCACUGACUGCAUCAGAUGUCCAUGGGAUUACUGGUCCAACCGACUCAGAGAUCAGUGUCUACCAAAAGCGACCGACUUCCUCUCCUACACCGAGCCGGUGGGUGCGGCUUUAGCCUCCCUCGCCCUGACUGGCCUUUGCACGACACUGGUCGUAGCUGCUGUGUUUUUUCAGUCCCGACACACUCCCAUUGUAAAGGCCAAUAACUCCGAGUUAAGUUUCCUGUUGCUGUUCGCCCUGUGGCUGUGUUUUCUGUGCGCACUCGCGUUCAUUGGCGAACCCUCGGGCCGGACCUGUAAGCUGCGGCGCGGCGCCUUCAGUGUGUCCUUCGUGCUGUGCCUCUCCUGUGUUUUGGUGAAAACCGUUCUCGUGCUCUUGGCGUUUAAGACAACAGUGCCAAACAACAGCGUCCUGAGGUGGUUUGAUGCCACGAAGCAACGUUUAAGCGUUUUUAUCCUAACGUUUGUUCAGAGCUUCAUAUGUGCCCUGUGGCUGACUCUGUCACCUCCUUUUCCCCUUAAAAAUACCGAGUACUACGAGGACAUCAUCAUUUUAGAAUGUGCUGUGGGAUCUGUGACUGCAUUUUACUGGGCAUCUGCCUACAUAGCUCUGCUUUCCUGUGUGUGUUUCCUGAUUGCCUUUUUCACGCGAAAGUUACCCGACAAUUUCAAUGAAGCAAAAUGUAUAACCUUCAGCAUGCUCAUACACUGUGCAGUUUGGAUAACUUACAUCCCGGUGUAUGUGAGCUCUCCGGGGAGACACUCUGUGGCUGUGGAGGUAUUUGCUAUCUUGAUGUCCAGCUUUGCGUUGCUCGUGUGUAUUUUUGCUCCGAAGUGUUACAUUAUAUUGUUAAAACCCGCGCAGAACACCAAGAAGCAUUUGAUGGGAAAAGAGCCUUCGAAGAGACUUUGA